CUCGACGUGCAACUUGCGAGCUUCCUCACGAAGUCUCAGCGCCAAGACGUUGUUACAAGCACCUUUGGUUUGCUGCACCCAGUCCCAGUCCCAGUCCCCGUCCCCGAAUCCAUCGCUGUCGAUCUUUCUCCUCAUCUCUCGCCGCCUUUGUCGAUCAUAAUUUCCUCUAUUUCAUCUGUCUGCUUAUCUAUGCAUAUCCGUCAAUGACGCUUUUACGAUCUCGUGAAAUAAUUCCUAAAUUUUCUCCUAAAACCCUAAAUGCUCGAAUAAUUGAACCAUCUACUCCAAUACAACUCCAGGAACCUUCCAAUGUCAUUCUCCCCUCUCCUGCAAUGAGUAGCUCAACUCCUCCUCCUACUUCGUUUAGUGAAAGGCCUGAAGCUUUUAAACCAAGACGGAGUCUUCGACUUGCGUCCAAGUCAAAAGCUGCUGGAAAUGAUGAAGGUAGCUGCAAGGGACACGAAAAGAAGAAUGUUACUAGAGAAAAUCUUGGGGCUCUGAGUUCCAAGGAGGACAGUUUGAAUUCUGAUGUUGAAAGUCUGAAGGGAACGAGUGAGGAUAACCAGGUACCCCCCGUGGUUUAUAGUUCUGCUGCAGACAGGGUCAUUGAUCGAGAGAAUGAUGAGUUGGGAACAGAAAUUAAAGAGAAUGAAGGAAUUAAGAAGCAUGCAGUUGAUUUGGAUGCCGAAGAAGUUACGGUUACCAAAGAACCCGCGUCGGGUUCCACUUCUAGUGGAGAGACGGAAAUGGCGAGCCCUGAUUCGGAAAGUUUGAGGACGAAAAGCCAAAGAACCAUGAAAUCAGCCCGGGGGAAUGGAAAGAGAAAAUUGGAUAUCGAUAUCAAUUUACCCGCUUUGAAUCCAGUGGAAGAAGAUGGAGAUGCCAAUUGGUUUACAGAUUUACGAUCGGGAGCUAGAAUUUCCAAGAGAAGAACAGAAGGGACCGGUAUUGAUUAUAAGAUAACUAAGAAUGACGGUGACCAUGAUGGGUUAGUUUUUCAGGAGAAGGAAGCGAGGGAAACAGGAGGAGGAGAUGAAGAAAAAGUGGGAAAAAUCACCGAAAGUGGAGGGGUUGUUGAUGUGGGAAAUUUGGAGGCAGAUCCAAUUGAUGAUGAUAAUGGUCUUGUUAAUGGUCAAAAAAGGUAUAGCAGAGAAGAAAAAGGGAAGGCUAUAUUGAUUAAGGAUUCUUUUUUGUCGCUAGGUAUUAAUCCAGUGAACGAUGAUUUGGAUCCUGAAUGUGAAGAAUUAAUUGAAGACGCAGUUAGGGGUCUUAUUCAGCUGCACGAAGCUGGAAAAAUGGAGUUGAAAAAGCGGGCCACAAAAAUGGCUGUGAGGAAUAAGGCAAUGCGAAGAAGGCAAAAUAAGGAAAGGUUCCAUGAUACAGCUAGAGCAAAUGCUUCUAAAUUCGCCCAUUUUCAACCUGAAGUUGAAGAGUCCCAUAGUCCGUCUCAUUCACAUGAAAGGGAAAUGCCAUCAGUAGAAACCAAUCAGGAAACUGAAGAUUGGCCUGGUCCCUUUUCAACUGCAAUGAAGAUUAUUAAGGAUCGAAUGAAGCUAAAUUCUCAGCAGGAGAAUUCCUUAUUAGUUGAAAGCAAACAUGCACCAGUGAUUAAAUGGAUGCCCUCAAAAACUAGAGGUCAAAAAUUUCCAAAUCCCUCAGUUCCUUCGUUGCAAGAUUUAUCCCUAAGCAUCCUUGCUAAGAAUUCAGAUGCAAUUGUUGCUCUUGAAGGUGUCCCGGAUGACAUAAGGCACAAACUCAGUGAGUUGCUCUGUGACUCUCGAAGGAUGGACUCCCGUUUUAUGAACCUACUUGUCAGUGGCUGUCCUACAGAGAUACGUGUAAAGAAUUGUUCAUGGGUGACAGAGGAGCAACUUAGCAGAACCUUUGGGAUAUGUAACACCGAAAACUUAAUGGUGCUACAACUUGACCUAUGCGGACGAUGUAUCUCUGAUUAUACGCUACGUGCUACAUUGGCUCAGUCACCAAAUACCUUGCCUGCAUUAACAACUAUAUCCUUGAUAGGGGCAUGCCGCCUUUCAGAUGUUGGGCUAAACGCACUUGUUGCUUCGACACCUUCUCUGAGAUCUAUAAAUUUGGGACAAUGCUCUCUUCUCAGUUCUAUUGGUAUCAAUGCUUUAGCUGAUUCUUUGAGAUCGGUACUAAGGGAGUUAUAUUUAGAUGAUUGUCCAAAUAUAGAUGCAAUGCUAAUCUUACCUGCAUUGAAGAAGUUAGAAUGUUUGGAAUUGUUGUCAAUGUCACGUGUUCAAACUGUUUGUGAUGGUUUCGUUAGAGAACUAAUUGCCAUACAUGGUCCAAGAAUAAAGGAACUUGUUUUUGCUGAUUGCUGGAAAUUGACUGAUAACUCCUUAAAAGUCAUUGCAGAAGCUUGUUCUGGAUUAUGUGCACUUAAUCUUGCUAACUUGCACAAAUUGACUGAUUCUGCAAUAUGCUACCUUGCAAAUGGUUGUCGAUCGAUUCAAAUGCUCAAACUUUGCCGCAAUGCAUUCAGUGAUGAAGCUGUUGCAGCAUUUCUGGAAACCUCAGGAGGGUUCUUAACGGAUCUUUCAUUGAAUAGUGUUAAGAAGGUUGGCCACAAUACAGCCAUAUCUCUUGCCAAACGUUCAAGAAAACUGCAGAGUUUAGAUCUGUCUUGGUGCCGCAAUUUGACAGAUGAGGCACUAGGGUUAAUAGUGGACAGCUGCAUAUCAUUGAAAGUGCUUAAGCUGUUUGGGUGCACUCAGAUUACAAAUUUGUUUCUGGAUGGCUAUUCAAAUCCCCUUGUGCAGAUAAUUGGAUUGAAGAUGACCCCAAUACUAGAAAAUGUCAAUAUGGUUGGUCCUCGGGAAACUCCUCAUUAUUCUUCUUUACCUUCUUGCACAAGGUCACAAAGUUCAGGUGACUCAGAUGCAUGAUAUUACCAGAUUGUUUUCACUAAAGUCCGGGAGACAACACAAAUUUUCUUUUCCUUUGUAGAAUGAAGCUUACUAUGCAUAUACACUAGAUCGGAACUUUCAUCAGAAGAAGACUGAGAUUGUUACAUUGAGUUGAAUCUCCCCCCAAAUGGCGUCUUAAAGUUGGUCUUUUUUGUUUUUGCUUUUAAUUAGUCUUGGUGUGUUUCGUUUUUCCCUUCACAGCUUGUUACCGGAAACAUGUGCUAUAAUUACCAAAGUUGCAUCAUGAUGGCUUGUCAUUGCAUGCAUUUGUUCUGUCAGUUUUUGUUGAAUUCUGAUACAAUGGAUGGAAAUUCCUUUUCUUGGAACGAGUGGUUUGUAUAGAUUACAAUGAACAAUUGAUAUAUAUUGAACUAGAUGAACAUUUUUCUUA